CGAAAACAUAUACAUCUAAUUAAAGCAUGAAAAUUUUGAAAGUCUAAAUGGACGGUUGGCCCUGGCGCCCCUCUUAAAUCCUUCCCUGAGCACCAAGCAUCUAUUGGACAUCCUUAAGGACGGCCCUGCUAUUUGACAUUUGACCAUAUAUUUAGUCCUAUACUCUUUGCUAUAUAAGGCAAAUUAUUUAAUCUAAACAGUAAACACGUGAGAAUGGUGAUCAAGUGCAUGCAGGUAUGGUGCUGCUGCGCUGUCUACAGCUCAAAUCACAGUCAGCACCAAAACUUGAUCAUAUGAUUAUCCGGCCACAAGGAUAUAUGGAAUGGCGUCUAUAAAACGUUCCAAUUGCCACUUCCCAUCGGCAUGUAAUUUUGUACUAGAAGCUUUUUUCGUGAACAAAGAGUUGUAAUGGAUUUGUUCACCAGUUAUUCUGUGGAAACUACAACUAAUGAUGAAGGCAUCGAUAAGUCCACAUACUUUAUGCAAACCCUUCAUGGCCGUAGGCUUGCUGUGGCUGUUGUCAUUCGCAAAGAUGCGGACAACUAUGAUUGUGACACGAGUAUGUCUUGGAAAAAGUUUCUAAAAGCUUCUGGUUGUGACCACAUAUUCCCCCUCCAUUUCGAAAACAAAACAGAGUUGGAGCAUAAACUAAGCAGGUUUGUGCAUCAAGAUCUACCCAUGACUUACAAUGCAGGAUGCCCAAAGUCUAUCACUGUCCAUUUUCCAGAUGUCCUCCAAUCCACACUUGCUUGGUUUCUUAUUGACAUCAAAGAGCCUCACAUCGCCAAAAUCCCUAGUUGUAUGCAAAGGCACCUCUUUGAACACACCAAAUCAGAGGCUCUCCUUGUACACGGACUUGGCCAGUGGAAUGUCAUAUUUGAAAACUUCUCUUUUUGUGAUGGCUUUGAUCAGUUCAUCAUAGACAACAAUAUCCUCUUGGGUGGCUAUGCUCUAUUCAGACACAUCGGUAAUUUCACGUUUGAAGCAUUCGUGUAUGACGAGAAUGGCUUUUCUGUUAAGCCAAGUUACUCACCACCUGCUUAUUCUUUCCUGAGCUCAAGGAGACCAGAUGAGUUCAACGUCAGCGUGCGCUCCUCUAUUCCAGACUUCGCAUGUAAACAGCUCUUCUACAGUCGCUCUUAUAUAUAUAUGCCAUCAAAAACCACAAAGGAAAAUUGUGAGGAUUUCAUAAGGGGCUGUCGGGAUACGUGGGGCCGCGUGCAAAUCUAUUAUGGUACACAAGAAGAGUAUUUUAUGGCAGGGACAGAAACGAUUUUGCAGCAGGUCCAAAAUACUUUCAAGCUCCAUCAACGUUGCAACUUGUCUUUCUUCGAGUAUGGACGCGGCAAAUUGCGUGUGCUCGUCAUUUCGUCAUGUUAUGUAGAGGAACCACCCCAGCAAAGCAAUGAGUACGAGAUUAGUAGCAUCACCUGCUACAAAAACUUUGCCAAUCCUUGACCUCACCAUCAUCAUCACAUCCAAACUUUUUUUAUCAUUGUUUGUAUCUUUCAUUUAAACUUCUUCUGAUGUGACAUUUGUCUCCAUGGCCAACAUUGCUAUUGCAUUCUUCAUAAGAUACUCUUAUGAGAAUUAUGAGGGAACGGCUUACCCUAGAGGUAGCUGUAUGUUUCUGUAUAUAAUAAUCCAAUAUGAAAUAA